AUGAAGUCAGCUGUCAAUGUGCUGCUGCUUCUUCUUAUUAAGUUUUUCCUUUUCGGGUCAUCAACUUCUAAAUAUAAAUUUUCAAUCAUGGUUCAUGAGCUCUUCUUCGAAAUCGUUCGAGAAAAGCAGCAUGUGUUUUGCGAUGCUAAAGACACAGCUCCAGUCUUGGAACUGAAGAGGAUUGUAGAAGGUGUGCUGAAGAUCCCUGUCACUGAUCAAGUGCUUGUGCGCCUUUUAGACGACAGCAACACCAACUUUCUUCCCCUCGAUGACAAGAAAACACUUGCAGAAAGUGGUUUCACAGUCAACAAUGCAAAGAGCUGUUUUCAUCUUUCUUUGAGACCUACAGUAUCACCUUAUUUGAUUUAA